AUGGCAAUAAAACUUGAUAUGAGCAAGACCUACGAUAAGGUGGAGUGGCACUAUUUGGAAUCAAUUAUGGUGAAGAUGGGUUUCUUGGAGCAUUGGAUUAAAUUGCUCAUGCUUUGUGUGACAACAGUAUCCUACUUGAUCCUGGUAAAUGGAGAACCUAAAGGCAUGAUCACACCAUCUAGAGGCAUCCUUCAAGGAGACCCCCUCUCACCCUUCCUAUUCCUACUAUGCACAGAAGACGAUAGCCUUUUGUUUUGUAGGGCUAUUGUUCAAGAGUGCCAAAAAGUCCUAGAUAUUUUGGAGGUUUAUGGAAAAUGCUCAGGCCAACUAAUUAACCGCAGUAAGACAACAAUCUUCUUCAGCAAAGCAACUUGUGAAAACACCAGAAAUCAUAUAAAGACAACCUUGGGAGUACCAAAAAUUAUACUAUAUGAGAAGUAUCUGGGUCUACCUUCCCUUGUGGAGAGAUAUAAAAAGGCUGACUUCAAUUACAUCAAGGAGAGAGUGUUGAAGAAAAUGCAAGGUUGGAAUGAAAAGCUCUUGUCACAAGCAGGGAGAGAGGUUUUGAUAAAGGCAGUGGUCCAAGCAAUUCCCACAUAUACUAUGAGUUGUUUCAAACUCCCACUAGGCCAUUGUUUGAAAAUUGAAAGUCUUACUAGAAGAUUUUGGUGGGGCCAAAAUGGAGAUCGAAGGAAAAUUCAUUGGGUCAAGUGGUCCACACUUUGCCAAUCUAAGAAUGAGGGUGGGAUGGGCUUCAAAGACCUUGCAAAUUUUAAUGAUGCACUCUUGGCAAAGCAAGCUUGGAGAUUGCUACAUAAUAAAAACUCUCUAUUCUAUAGGGUUCUUAAACCAAGGUUUUUUCCGGACUGCUCUGUUUUGGAAGCCACAGAUUCUACUUCGGGAUCACAUGCUUAG